GCGCAGUGCAAGUCUCUGAUCCGUAUAGUAGCACUGACUUCACAUUGGAGUUGAAAAUCCGGAUCUUAUUUUUGAUGCUGAGUGCUGUUGACCUCCACACAGACUUGAGAGUAGUGAAAGCUUGUCUUGCUUUUCCGAUUCUUGCUUUGAUAUCCUCGUCAGUUCCGCCUGUAGUUGAAACGAUGCUUCCCAGGUCGGUAGAUGAAGGAGGUUGUUUCUUUCAGGUUCCUUCCAUUUAUGCUGAUUGUUGUCUGUUGUUGUUGUUGCUGUUGGUGGUGUUGCCCAGGAAUCUUCAUCACCUCUGUUUUCUCUAUGUUCACCUGAAGUCCUAUCUUUGAUGCUUCUUCUGCCAACUUGUUGCUUUUCGCUUGCAUAUCUUCCAGUUUGUGGGAAAUCAGACAUAUAUCAUCGGCGAAGUCCAGAUCCUCCAAGUUUUUUGUGUGUGUCCAUUUUAUGCCUGUUUCCUC